CGACUUUGUGGCUAAGUGCCUUACUAAGGAACCUCGUUUACGACCUACUGCAUCAGAGAUGUUAAAGCACAAAUUCUUUGACAAAUGGAAAACUGGAUCAACGGCAAUGAUGCCAAAAAUUGAAAAGGCUAGGCAAAUCAGGAAAUCGAUGGCUUUGCAAGCACAAACUGUUGCUCCGGCUGCAUUAGAAGAUCAGUGUAACGAGCAAAAACUGAAUGAUGACUAUGGGGACACUGUUCCAUCAAGACCUCUUAACGUUGGUGUUCAAGGGGCAGGUGGUCUUUCUUCAGAUGGAACUCUGAGGACGCUGAAUAGGUUGGAAAGUGUGGAACCGAGUGAAGGUAACUUUGGCACUGUAGUAGUCCAUGGAGAUGAGAUUGAUACAGCAGCAGUCAGGCCACAGGGAGCAGAUAAUGCAGAUUCCUCUGCUUCCUCAAUUAGUGGAACAAGAGGCAGAUUGGCUGAUUCUCGAGCGGAGAGUCUAAAAGUUGCUGUCUCAAGUGAUGCCUCUGUUGGGGGUUUGGGUGCUCAUACUAAUACCAUAAAAUCAUCUUUAUCUCCUGUUAAUGACUCUGCUGAGCUGAAACACCAAAUAAGAGGUGAUUUUCAAGCAACAGUGGGAGUCAGCAGUGAUAGAAGGAACGGUACUCUGAAGAAUGAAACAGUCAGCAGAAAAGCAUUUGCUUUACAGGAUAAGCUUUGGUCAAUUUAUGCAGCUGGUAAUACAGUGCCCAUUCCGUUCUUGAGAGCAACAGAUAUUUCACCUAUUGCUCUCCUAUCGGACAAUGUGCUUGGUGGCAUGCAACAAGAUUCCACUGGAACUGCUACAGUAGAAGCAUUGCAAGAGCUUUUUAGUGGUGAUGGACAGUCCAAAAGGGGACGCAGAGGACAAAUUGAGCAGAUGCCUGUUCCUCCAAGCAUUUACCAAAGACUGACAUCCAGUUCUACUCUGCUGAAUUUGGCCCAGGCUCUAGCGUACCACAAGAUGUGUUAUGAAGAUAUGCCGCUGCAGGACCUUCAGGCAUCCCAAGAGCAGCAGACCAUUCAGAACCUCUGUGAUACUCUUCGUACUAUUCUUCGCUUGUAGGUGGUUGUUCCCAUAUAAAAUUUUGCUUCUUUUCUUCGUCUUUCGGCUCUGGUCUAUGUAAAUUUGAAGUAAACCCUAGAAAAAUAUGGUUUUUGGCGGGGUCCAGCAAGGUUUGACAUUUAUGUGUUGUAAGUAAUGUGGCUCUUGCACAAGCGGGGUUCACAAUGUGAGAUAAUGUGUCAUGGCAGUUGCUUAUAUUUUGCUGUGCUGUGUCACAUAUUUGUAUAUUAGUGUAUUAAGAUUGUGUUCCUCCGUAUAUAAAUCUCGUUUAGCGAGGAACCUCGCAAGUCACAGCAGUUGCUUCUAUUUUGCUUGGAUGAAAGAGCUUUUCUACCAUUUGCUGACA